UACGAAGACGAGACUGGGGAAAAUGGCAGGAAGAAGGUUCUUGUAUGGGGGAUGAAAUGAGAAACCAUGACUUGCCAUUGCUUUUUAUAGAAGUCGCUGGUUAAUCUCCUUUUUUCAUCGUGGACCGACAAUUCCGGAAUUAAUUUGAUAGAACUACAGGACACUACACGUUUGUUUAGUUUGAAAAGUGUCUGACAGUUUUUUUCUCCUUUUUAUCCCCCGCAUCCAUAAUGCCACGGGACAACAAAACUUCUGUAAUUCAGAAAAUAGCGACACAAGCCUAUAUCACAUUUAAGGACUUGAAGUCCUCGGAAAACGAGGAUAACAAGGUCGCUGCUGAUAAACUGAGCGAACUAAUUUCUUUAGUGACUUCCGUCAGGGCUGCCGACUUGAAAAUUGCUUCCCGGAAAGCCAAACCGAGCACAUCGACAGUAGGUCUCCAGAGCCCCCCAGUCACCUACAUGCACAUCUGUGAGACGGAGCUGUUCAGUAUUGGGGUGUUCCUACUAACGACCGGCGCCUCCAUACCGCUGCACGACCACCCGGGCAUGAACGGGAUGCUGAAGGUUCUAUAUGGGAAGGUGAAGGUCUGCUGUUUCGACAAGCUGGCAGACAACCUGACUGUGACCACCGACCAACCUCAUUUUGAUCCUCCAUUAGGCCCACUGCAGAUGGCUUCCGUGUGGCGCUCAGUGCUUCGCUCAGUUGUUGAGUACUCAGAGAACAGUGGACCAUGUCUCCUCACACCUGUGCAGGAUAACCUCCACCAGAUUAGUGCGGUGGAUGGGCCUGCUGCUUUCCUGGAUAUCCUAGCACCUCCAUACAAUCCAGAUGAUGGACGAGACUGUCAUUAUUACAAAGUCCUGCAAAGUGUAGCAAAGGAAGGAACAGAUGCUAGGGGCGACCAGGAGCAGCAGGGAGAAAAUAAGGAGAAAGGAGAGGAGGUAUGGCUGCUAGAAAUCCCUCAGCCUGAGGAUUUCUGGUGUGGCGGGGAACCUUACCCCGGUCCUGCAGUUGCUAUCUGACUUAAAUGUCUAAGAUAAAUUACGCUCCAGUGUAUUACAAAUUAAUAAUCUGAUAUCUGUUAAAUGAAGUGAAAUUUAGUUUUGUCCUUUUGCACAGGGAAAUCAAAUAUUAGUGUAUUAUUAUCUGGAACUCAAAGUAUUAAAUACAUUUGUUGAAGAUACUACAGGAGGGUAAAGGUUUGUAGAAAAACAGGAGCUCUAGUACCCCAUCCAGAAUAAGAAUCAAUGUCUUUCACAAACCUCAAAUAUUCCUGUCAGUAAUUGGGAAAACACUGGCACAAGGGAUUUGAAUUCCUAAUAUGAUAUUUUUCUUCAAACCAUUAGAUAGUCUUGUACACAAAUGAAUGUAGUCAAAUGUUAUAUGAAUAAUUUGUAUACGUAGAAUUUUGUUUUUUUCAGGCUUGAACAGCUUUUUCUAUUUUUUUUCUUUCUUCUACAGAAAGAACCUUUAUGUGUCAUAACACCAAGCUUUUUACUUAAGUUGUAUCAAGAAUGACAUGUUUACACACUUACUUCUUUUGCACACACUACAUACUAUAUACUCUUUUUACACACUUUUUGCUGUUAUUUUAUUCCAUAGUGGACUCUUCCUAAAAAUAUCUACUCAGUGAUGUGAUAAAAGGCAGAUGUUCUGGCCAAUUCUGUGAUCAUUGUGUAGUUUCACCUCAUAUAGCUUCAUCCACAGUUACAGUAUGUUAUACAUUUCAUCAAAUUAAAAGCUAACUGAAAUUACUUCUUGAUGUGAUUAGUGUGUUAUAGUGCUAGAAAUGGAAGCAGUCUGAGAAUGUUAAAGGUUUUAUGGAAUAACGCCACACUCUGAAACUACAUAUAACUUGUAGUUUUAACAUUGUAUCAUUUCAAUCUGUUCCAAUUUUGUAUGCUACUGUAUCUUUUAUAUCGUCUUUACUUACAUUUGACGUCACUUGACUUAUGUGAGUUUGAAAAUGAUUCUCUUCUUUUUAUGCUGAAUGUACAGUAUGUAAAAACAAUAAAACUGACAAACAUG